AUCGUAAUUUCCAAGCGACAAACGAUAAUUUACAUAAUCGCGUUACCAUGAGCCUACAUACUUUGUAGGACAUAUCGGGGGGGGCGAUUUUUUUCUUCUUUUUUUUUUUUUAAAUGCGUUUAAGAUGCAUUUGUAAGUUAGAGAGCCUCUCGUAGAAUACAGGCACACUUGCCGAUUGGUUACGUCACUUCCAGGCGUGGUACGGUACGAUGUGUGAUAUGCGUGUGCUACUGAAAAUGGCCGUGUACGUACGGGCCCGUCUAGUUUACUGAUUUCGCGAUACUUUUUUCGCGUUUCUUUUCGUGUUCCCGUACGGUGUCGGUGGAUUUCCCGACAAUACGUACAGUUCGUGGUAUCGUGCGAUACAAAGUUUCUCAGUGGAUCGUCGACGGUUAGACACCAAGACGAAGUGUGCCCGUUUCGUCAAUGGUAGAUCAUUAAAAGAGAAGUUGGAAGCUGUUGCAAGUAAAAACAGAAGAUUAUUAAUAAUGGGUUUCGUUCUUAUUGUAUGUAUCUAUACAGAUUCAAACAAUAUAUCUGUCGAUUAAUGAGCAUUGACUAUAAGUUAUCAAGAUGCGGGAGAGAUUUGGUACUAUCCCCAUGUAUCAAACGGGGAUUUAAACAUCUUUUUCGCAAAACAUUUUCUAUCUUAAUAGAAGAUACAUUUAAAUACUUAAAAACAUGCGAGACUAUAUUUAAAACAGGAAGAUGAUUUAAUGCAUCUUGUAACUGUUUCGCGUAACGAUGAAUUAUUCGAGUAUUCUGUGAGAUUUACGUUUAAGCGCAGUAUUGAUAUAGAUAUUUGUUGUUAACGAUUAAUAAUAUUGAAUUUUGUAACAUAAUGUAAUAGAGACACAACUUUUAUAUAUGCGAAUGUGUUGUAUGAGUAUCGCGAAAAUGUCAUUCUUGUCGAAUUUAAAGAAAGCGUUCCACUUUGGUGGCAACGAUGCAAAGAAAAAGAAAUUAUAUAAUAAUAUUAAAAUGGACUGUAACCCGGAAGAAUUCUGGGAAAUGGUGGGCGAACUUGGUGACGGAGCAUUUGGCAAAGUUUAUAAGGCACAGCAUAGGCAAACGCAUCAGCUUGCUGCUGCAAAAAUGUGCGCAUUGGAGGGAGAGGACGAUCUCAGUGAUUUCAUGAUUGAAAUAGAUAUUUUAUCAGAGUGUAAACAUCCAAAUGUCGUUGAAUUGCACGAAGCAUAUUUUAUCGAGGGCAAGCUAUGGAUGUUAAUAGAAUAUUGCGACGGUGGUGCUGUCGAUUCCAUAAUGGUCGAAUUAGAGAAAGCUUUAACAGAGCCGCAAAUAGCAUACAUAUGCCAACACAUGACCAAGGGUCUUGCAUUUUUACACAAAUCUAAAGUUAUUCACAGGGAUUUAAAGGCGGGCAAUGUAUUGCUUACGAUGGCUGGAGGUGUGAAAUUAGCUGAUUUUGGAGUGUCUGCAAAAAAUAAACAUACUUUACAGAAGCACGAUACAUUUAUUGGUACACCAUAUUGGAUGGCGCCAGAAGUAGUAUUAUGCGAAACAUUUAGAGAUAAUCCUUAUGAUUUUAAAGUAGAUAUCUGGUCACUUGGAAUUACUUUGAUAGAGUUUGCACAAAUGGAACCGCCCAACCACGAGAUGUCGCCGAUGCGGGUGCUCCUUAAAAUACAAAAAAGCGAUCCGCCGAAACUCGAUCAGCCCGGGAAAUGGAGCAAAGAUUUCAACGAUUUUAUCGCGAAGGCCCUUAUAAAGGAUCCAACAUCGCGACCUACAGCAGACGAAUUGAUAAAGCAUCCGUUCAUAAGUCGAAAUUUAGAUUCAAAACCGAUCAGAGAUUUGCUGUUGGAGUACAAAGCCGACGUCGUCGAAGAGGAAUUGGUCGACGAAGAAGCAGAGGAGCAACGCACGUCUCAGCUUCCUCUGGAGCUGGACCAACUCGGAGAUGACUCUGCAUCUAUGCGCAGUGACGCUGAUGUUAAGAUUUCUGAAAAAGAAAAUCUUAUUGCAUCACCCGUGUCUGCGAAAAAAGAAGAGAGCCACAAACGAGAGAUCAAUAGGGAUGGUGAAAAGGAGGACAGGAACAAGAAAUUACGUAAAGCAGAAUCUAAAGAGAACAUACCUGCUUCCGUUGAGAAGAAACAAGCGCCUAAACCUCCUAGUACAAGCGAAACAAACGAACGUCGAAUAUCUCGCGAAAAGGGUCCUGCGCCUCCUCCGCCGCCUAUGCGUCAAGAUAGCAAAAAUGAAGAUAAGGAAAACAAUUUGAAAAUCACUGAUAAGCAAAGUUCCGUAGAAAUGCUGGAUCAGCGCAAGGCCGUCGACGAGAAACAGCAAGACGAUGUAUUAUCAAAGUGUCAAGAAACGUUAGAUAGGGAACAAACAUAUGUAGAUACGGUCUGCGAGAAACAGAACGUGCUGGGUAGUUUAGAGAAAAUAGCAGACGGUAACGAGAAGGACAAAAGUAAUAUAGAUAUGACGAAGAAAUUUGAUAUUAAACAGAAAACGGUAGAUAAUAAAAUAGGUCCACCAACGAGGACGCAAUUAACUUUGGAAGAAAAGAGGAGAUCUGCGCCAGUGAAACAAGAACCAUCGGAAGACUGGUCAAAGCCGAUGUUCAACAAACAGUCAUCUUUAGAAGAGAAAAGCAGAAUCGAAAAGAAAACACCGGUCGAUGUACAAGUUAAACGACAAUCUUCGACGGAAGAGAAUUACAAGAGCUUGCAGGAAAAACGAAAAUCGGUCGAGGAAAAGUUAAAUGCGGUUUUAGAGAAACGAUUCUCAAUGGACUCCGACAUGCGAAUGAACAUUUCCUCCUUGGAGAAAUUGGCGCACCGAGAAAUUCCAAACGUGAUCUCGUCCGAAAAAAAUAUUAUGAAAGCUUGUUCCACGGAGAAUAUAAAAACGGAUUACGGACCGUGUAAGGCGGAGUCGGUUGUUAAAAGUCACAGCGAAGGAUCUUCCAGAUACGAUUCGUUGGAGAACUUUUCGGACGAGUUCGAUGGGAAACGGGACAAGAAGAAGUGGCUGCACAAGGAGUACAAUCAUGAGAAUACCGCGGACGAUAACAGCGAAAAGAAAGGUUCGUCGGUGAACGUAUCGGUGAUCACAUCGACGCCUAUUAGAAGCAGAAGUACUUCCAGAAGAGGUAGCGGCGAUAACGUAGUCGUCAUUACGGGUAAAUCUGACCAAGAAGUACGUCCAAACACAUCAACCGUCCGAAUCACAGCCGAGAGCCCGGAUUUAUCCAAUAGUCUUGCAAGUAACAUAAGCCAAGUAACAGUCGUGACUACGCAUCCCCCGGUAUUGGUCGACGCUGUAACGCCAGCGCCACUUUCCUGUCGCCCGUCGCCGACGUCAGAGGUCGUUAUCGUCGCGAACGAAUUGAACAAGACCCAAGUGAACGAGACAUCCACCGACGACGACGGGUUCCCCAGUUUGGACAGUUUGGAGUACACGCCGCAGGAGCAGCCCAUUAUUCUCACCGACGUAUCGAAGAGAGUCGGGAAGAAGCUGGACGAGUCCGAGGUUCUCAUCGUGAGUCCAAUAAUAGACGAUUUGCAGGAUACUAGUCACGUGUCUGUUGUUACCGUCGGCGACGACAAGGAACAAGUGAAAGACUCAUCGGUACUUAACAAACACGACGCCGUACGGACCUCCUCAUCGCACAGUGACACGAGCUUGGUCGAGAGAUCGAGCACGAAGAGCGACAGCGGGGACGAGAUUACUAAAAUGAUAGUCGCUGGAACGACUGUCGAUUCGAUAGACGUCGACGAAGCGGAUAGGAACUCGAAGAAGAUGAACGGUUUGAUAAAGAACGACAAGUCUUCCAUGGGUCGUAUCGACGAGAAGGUUAUAAAGACGAUAAAACAGAAGGAGGGUGGUAAGGGAUACAAGGAGAAGAGAGUGUCACCGGACAGUUUCGAGGGAUCCAGGUCUCAGAGCGAGUCAGGAUCGACGAGGUCUCACACGCCCAGCAAGAGUAUAGAUCGAUCCGAUGCUGAGUCGAUUUCCACCACGAUCAGCCAGGAUAGCAGGGAAUCAAAUAAGGAGAAUCAUAUUGGUCAAGGUCAGUCUACGGAAGUGGAGGAGGAAGUGGUGUUACGACGAAAGCCUGACUACAAUCGGGACAUACCGCGACCGACGAGGACGAAAGAGGACAUACAGAUGAUGAAUCUGAAGAAGAAGACUCGGAAACGGACCAGAAAAUUUGAGAUAGACGGCGUCGUGGUGACCACGACCACGUCGAAGGUCAUAUACGGCGACGACGAGAACGGGAAGGUGUACGACGAUCAGAUCUUCAGGAAGCAAGAGCUCAGGGAGCUGAAGAUGUUGCAGAAGAUGGAGCAGAAGCAGUUUCAGGAUUUGUCGCAGAAGGCGCAGUUCAACAAGGACCAGCAGGAGAAGCGUUUCGAGCAGGAACGACAGCUGCUGGAACGGAACGCGGAGACCGACCUGGAGACUCUGGCACGGCAGCAGAGGCAGCAGAUCGAACGGGCGGAGGCGCAACAGGAGGCUGACAUCCGGCUGGCGUCGAAGAAGAUACGCAGCGAGCAGGAGAGGGACCUGAAGCAGUUCCGGGACGGUAUAAAGCAGGAGACGAGGUUGCUCAAGCAGGAAGUGGACCUGAUGCCGAAGGACAAGAGGAAGAGCGCGUUCAAGAUACGCAAAGAGAAGUUGGACACAGAGCACGAGGAGAGGGAGAAGCAUUUUUUAGAUAAACUGAACGAGAGCCACGAUUUGUCGCUGAGGAGACUGUCCGACAGCCAUCGGGAGAAGAUCGCCCUGAUGGAGAGGCAGUUCCUGCAGCAGAAGCAACAGCUGAUGAGGACCCGGGAAGCGUCCAUCUGGGAGCAAGAGGAGCGUCACAUUCACGAGAAACAGCAACUGCUGAAGAAACAGCUCAAGGACAUCUUCUUCCUGCAAAGGCAUCAGAUGCUGAUCCGUCACGAGAAAGAGCUCGAGCAGAUGAAGCGGAUGAAUCAGAGGAAGGAGGAGGAGCUGGUGAAACGGCAGACGGUGGAACGUAGAAAUUUACCAAAACGGAUUCGCAACGAGAUGAAGGCACGCGAGAUGAUGUUCCGGGAGUCUAUGAGGAUCUCGAUGUCGUCGGUGAUCGCGCCGGACCCGGACGCCGAGAGGGAGAAGCUGAAGAAGUUUCAGGAGAACGAGAAGAAGCGGUACAGGGCCGAGCAGCAGCGGUUCGAGUUGAAGCACUCGCGGCAGCUGGAGGAGGUAAGAGCGCAGAGCGACGCCACCAUCAAAGAGCUGGAGCAGCUGCAGAACGAGAAGAGGAAGAUGCUGAUGGAGCACGAGACCUUGAAGCUGAAGGAACUCGAGGAGGCGUACAGUAAAGAGCUCCGUGAAUGGAAGGCGCACUUGAAGCCACGAAAGCAGAGACUGGAAGAGCAGUUCGCUCUGCAGCUAGAGGAACAGGAGGCCAUUUACGGACCGAGCGCGAUACCAUUGUGUUUACCGGCCGAUCUUCCCGAUUUGACGCAUCAUACGGUCGGUUCGACGCGCAGCUCCCUUUCCUCGGUGAGCGAGGGUUAACGUGCAACCAUAUCGAACAGAACCUGGAUCUUCCGAAUUAUGUUUCUCGCGCGAGCCUCUCGCGAGGAGCAUCAGAGAUACGCGUACCUCUGGUCUCUCUCGAGGUCGUGCUUCCAGCAACGCGCAGCGACCCCUACGAUUUAAGAACGUCAGUGGACAACGAGCUUAACGUUCGAAAAAAAAAAAAAAAAAGAAAAAGACGUCGACACGUUUGUUAUCGGACGCCUAUUCAACGACCAAUUACACGCGUCGUGUAAUUCAUACGUUCGACGUUAUUACAACGGCAUACGAGAGCUUAAUAGCAACGAGCGUUGCUCGAACUUUGUUCGCGGCGAAAGAUGGAAAGUGGGUCUCGCCUGUCGAUAAAGUAGAGUAGGGCCGGGUUAAUUGUCGCGGCGCUCUUGCAAGGUAUUUGUUGUGUUUUUUUUUUUCACUGUCUCGAGGGCGAAUCGUCGCGUACGAAUUGUAAUUUAAUUUCUUACGAUCCUUGUCGUGAAAGUAUAUACAACCCCGAUACAAUCCACGGAGUCCGCCCGAUCGAUCGUUCCCCCCCCCAGAGCUUGGGGGGUGUUUCUGUAUUUCACGUAGAGAUCCAGUUGUAUGCGUUUUGCGUACGCGACUCUACGUCGAAGAGAAAUUUUUGUACGUCUUAUACACGCAUAUAUAUAUAUAUAUAUAUAUAGAUAUAUGUAUAUCGAACUAUUAGGAAUUAUCGUCAAUUCGAGGAAAAUUUACUGUUCCAUCGAGGACACGCGUGCGGUGAUGUCUAGUGUGUUUGUAGGAUGCCUAGCGAUUUUAUACGUACGUAAUGCACACGUGGAAAAAGUAUAUUUUCGGUCGUUUGGAAUGUAAUUCUACCGUACUUGUUGCUCUAUCCGUCGAGUGCCGUUCCGACGUUCGGUUAUCGGUGGCUCUGUGACGCAGACGGUCGACGGUCGUGAUCGCGCAUGCGCGAACGAAUCGAAACCGAACAGAGUCGGUCACGAACGUAGCCGUACAGUUUUUCUAAGGGAAACGCUAAAUUUUCACCGACAGACCGGUCACGUCUAUCGAGAUACACGGAUAUAUAUUUUUUAGUAAAUAAACACGUUCAACAUUACGAAUCAAAGGUUUACGCCAAAUAUGUAUACAAAUGUAUGGUUGCUUAUUACGCGGCUAACGUAGUCCGACGACAGUGUUAGAGAGAAUCUCUUUUUAAUACGCAUUCGAAACGAGCAUGUGUGGCUAAUGCGAGUCUGUAGAUGUAAAGAAGUAUAUUUGUAUAAAAUAGUUCUCUUCGUUUCUCCAUCUUCUGUUCUCUUCCUUUUUCUCUUACCGUUUGUAUAUUGACUUUCUUUUUUUUUUUUUUUUAUUAUAUACGUUUGUUCGUUUUCACUCACGUUUAUCCAUAUCUGGGUGGCGUGCUAUAUAUUACCUGUCGAAUAAGGAAUUUUGUACAUAUAUAGAAAACCAGGACGAAUUGUUCGAUAUAUUUUGAAUAUUCUAGUGCGUGGUAUGAGAGCUAUGUUAACGACGAUCCCCCCCCCCCCAUUGAAAAUAGUUUGUUCUCGCGCGGAACCAGGUCUCUUGUGAAAUCUUAUCUUCCGUUGGCGACUAAGUUGAGGGAAAUUUUAUGGUACAUUAUUUUGUUCAACUUUCGCUUCGAGUUGUUCGGGGUGUCGGAACGCAUAUGUACAAUUAACGUAAGGUUACGGAGUAUCGUAGUAGUUGAACGAACGAUAAAAGAGGACAUUUGCCAAAGCAUAUAUACAUACAUAUAUGUAUACAUACAUAUAUUCUUGAAACGUUAAGAUUUUGAAAUGGUGACAGAGGUGUGCACGGGGGCACGGUACAAUCGAACAUCCGAAUACUUAGCCCGUUAUCGAAUUCGCUCGUCAGACGCUGCGAUUGCUGUCCAAGAGGACUCGUUAAUCGUGCCCGGAUCCAUCCUAUUAGAGAUUUUUCAGAUUUUUAUACACGUUGCCGGAACGAUGCACCAAAUUUUUACUUGAAUGGGAUCGUGCAUGAACGAUUCGAGGCUAAACGGAAAGUUCGUAGAUCGGUAAAGUCUAUUGUAAAUCGUGCGAGUAAUCGUUAGGUCGAGUUGCGGGCAGCGACAGUGAGAAUUCGAACGUUCAAACUUCUAACGAAUUUCACGUAGACUUAACAGAACGUAAUUUAUAGGCGUUGAUCACGUGUGCAUUAUACGCGCGAAAUACUGCGAAAGACGAAAAGUAAACGAGGAAAGGAAUCGAAGAAAGGAAGAAAA